UAAAUGGGAAGGCCAAUAUCAAAACAAAGAUUGAACGUCCACCUCCACCACAUGUAACACACCAGAGAAAUGGUGGUUGUUUCCUCUCUUCAAACGAACCUCGAUUUUUCUUCGAGUUCCUCCCUCUUCUUCAAACCCAUCUCUCCUUCUCUUCUUUACUUUCGACGCUUCUAUAGAUUUCCCUGCUCAAGGAAUAAUAAAGCAGCUUACAACUCCUCCAAUGGCAGCGCCGUCUUGGUCGUCAAGGCUUAUAUGGACGAGACAACAAAUCCUGUUUCCAGUUUCGUUAAUAAGGUCGUUGGUUCACUCCCUGUUGUUGGUCUCAUAGCCAGAAUUGUGAAUGAGGAAGGCGGUGUUGGUGGCGAUAUCAUUGAUUUUGCUGAGUUCAGGAGACGGGUCGGUAACAAGUGUUCUAUUACUGAUUCCAGAGCUUUUUAUGAAUUUCGAGAUCGACGUGGCAAGACAGGGGAUCCUCUGUAUGUGCUACUAUGCUGUUGGUUAGCUGCAGUGGGAGCUGGUUUACUCAAAUCUGAGGAGAUUUUGGAGGGUGUAGCAAGGCUUAGUUUAGCAAAUGAUAUUGAAUUUGAAGAGCAAAACUUCAUCGCAUUGAUGAAUGAAGCAAGAGAGAAGCGGGCAAAAUUGGGAGCUCCUACCCCUAAAAUCCCCAUGGAAAUUCGAGCUGAGAAAGCUCUGGAAGCUAUAUAUGUAUGUUGCUUUGGAAGGGAUCUGAUUGAAGAAGAAGAUGAAAAACUACUUAGUACCAUGCUUAGUGCUGUCUUUCCUACAGUCGGGCAGCAAAAGGUAGAAAGCAUUGUCAAAGAGAAGGCAAAGAGAGUAGCCGAUGGAACUGAAGAAAUCAAAUAUACAGAGCCCAAGCAAUUAUCAAAAGAAGCAGUUCAGCUGCAAAUGAAAGACCUUGAAUUUCUUAAGCAAAACAGUCUGAAUCAGUGAGGCAUGAAACUUGUUAUCAUCUCAAAGUAAAUUUAGGUACUGGUGCUAGCAUCAAGAGGAAGAUUAUCCCACAUAUUUUCAGUAUACGAAAUCACAUGAAUGAUGCAUCUUCUUCACACAAUGCUGUUAACUAAUUUAACUGUGCAUGUUUAUGCUCCCUGCUCUCUUUCUUUUGUGAUCAGUUUACCUUUUCUACUUUCAAUAUAUACAGUAGCUCCAAUUUUGUAUACAUGAAUGAUCUAUUACUUGCUA